GGGUCCUCGGCGGGCCCGGGGGAGGGCCCUCUUUGUGGCUGCAGUUGGCAAGAUGGCGCCGGUGGGGGUGGAGAAGAAGGUGCUGCUGGGCCCCAACGGGCCCGCGGUGGCGGCCGCCGGCGACCUGACCAGCGAGGAAGAGGAGGGCCAGAGCCUCUGGUCCUCGAUCCUGAGCGAGGUGUCCACCCGCGCCAGGUCCAAGCUGCCGUCCGGCAAGAACAUCCUGGUCUUCGGUGAAGAUGGUUCUGGGAAAACAACCCUCAUGACUAAACUACAAGGAGCUGAGCAUGGCAAAAAAGGAAGAGGCCUAGAGUAUCUCUACCUCAGCGUCCAUGACGAGGACCGAGAUGAUCACACACGCUGUAACGUGUGGAUUCUGGAUGGAGACCUAUACCACAAAGGCCUGCUGAAGUUUGCAGUUUCUGCUGAAUCCUUGCCGGAGACCCUGGUCAUUUUUGUUGCAGACAUGUCUAGGCCUUGGGCUGUGAUGGAAUCUCUGCAGAAAUGGGCUAGUGUUUUACGUGAGCACAUAGAUAAAAUGAAAAUUCCACCAGAAGAAAUGAGGGAGCUGGAACGGAAGUUUGUGAAAGACUUUCAAGACUAUAUUGAACCAGAAGAAGGCUGUCAAGGUUCCCCACAGAGAAGAGGGCCUCUGACCUCGGGUCCCGAUGAAGAAAAUGUCGCCCUGCCUCUUGGUGACAAUGUGCUGACUCAUAACCUGGGGAUCCCAGUGUUGGUGGUGUGCACAAAGUGUGAUGCCGUGAGUGUCCUGGAGAAGGAGCAUGAUUACAGGGACGAGCACUUCGACUUUAUCCAGUCACAUCUACGGAGGUUCUGCCUCCAGUAUGGAGCUGCCUUGAUUUACACAUCAGUGAAGGAAGAAAAAAACCUCGACUUGUUGUAUAAGUACAUCGUUCAUAAAACGUAUGGUUUCCACUUUACCACGCCUGCCUUAGUUGUGGAAAAGGAUGCAGUUUUUAUACCUGCUGGUUGGGACAAUGAAAAGAAAAUAGCCAUUUUACAUGAAAAUUUCACAACUGUGAAGCCAGAAGAUGCAUAUGAAGACUUUAUCAUGAAACCUCCUGUGAGAAAGCUGGUCCACGACAAAGAGUUGGCAGCAGAGGAUGAGCAGGUGUUCCUAAUGAAGCAGCAGUCACUCCUUGCCAAGCAGCCAGCCACGCCCACGAGAGCUUCCGAAUCCCCUGCACGAGGACCCUCUGGCUCUCCAAGAACUCAGGGCCGGGGAGGGCCAGCCAGCGUGCCUAGUGCCUCCCCAGGCACGUCAGUAAAGAAGCCGGAUCCAAACAUCAAAAAUAAUGCAGCAAGUGAAGGGGUGUUGGCUAGCUUCUUCAACAGUCUGUUGAGUAAAAAAACAGGCUCUCCUGGAAGUCCUGGUGCUGGUGGGGUGCAGAGCACAGCCAAGAAGUCAGGACAAAAGACUGUGUUGACAAAUGUUCAGGAAGAACUGGAUAGGAUGACUCGAAAACCAGACUCCAUGGUAACAAAUUCUUCAACAGAAAAUGAAGCCUGAUCCUCCUUAAAAGUGCAUAUGUAAAAUGACCAAAUAACUAUGUAUAUUGAUCUGCUAAGACCAGGAUUUUUCUGAUAUGGCACAUGCUAUCAGUUUUUGGGGGCAGGGGAGAUGAACUUAAAAAAAAAAAACUUCAUUGGCUUGUCCGAGUGUGAAUUGCACAUUUAGGAAGGUUAUGUGUCAGAUCCCUUUGUUAAGGAUAACCUUGGACUCGCAGGCAUGUUGCUCUCUCGUGGGAAGCAAGUGCAGCUGGGGCUUCAUGUGGAGGGGAAGGUAGAUGAAAAGAGAGAGAGCCCUCUUUCUUUCAGGGCGGAGCAAAUGAGACCAGGAAAUCAUUGAUCAGAUGGUUAGUCUGACCAGGUGCGUGCUAGCAAAUUCACUUGUUCUUGGGAAGCAGAUUAAGUAGCAGAAAGUCCAGGAAACAAAAAUGGCUUAAAGGAGGAAUGAGAGAAGUGAUGGUGGGGGAGCUGAACGUUGAAGGAGGUGAAGGAAGGAGGAGAUGAGCAGUGUUAGUAAAUACUGUGUGUUCAGUAGAAGUUGAAUAAUCAUUUUUAAGACUUAAUAUCAGAAGCAUUUCCAAACUAAACACUAAGCAAAAUGGGAAUUAGACUUGUUCUGAAUGCAUCUUUAAUUUAUGAAAGAUGUGUUAAGUGUGGGUGUGCCUGAGUCAGGUGGAGCUGACACAGGGAUGGGGAAGAUGGCAGCCUCCCGGGACUCACGUGCUUGGCCGAGGCCAUGUUCUCAUGGGAGGUGCUGGGCUCCAUGCACGUGCACUGUGGGGCAGUCAGUCACUGGGAUGUGUUUAAAGUCGGCAGUUACAAAAUUAGUUUACUUUAAAUAGUGUUUUUUUAAUAACUCCUGCUCUGUUUUUUAAAUUUCAAAAACCUUUUCUUUUUUUUUUACUACCACAGGCUGGCCUACAAGUAGAGAAUGGGUGACCAGCCUCUCAUUUUACUAUAAUGCAAAGUACUACAGAAAGUUUGAGGGAGGUUUUUAAUGUAAUUGCACACUGAUUAAUUGGCUUGCACCAAUCCCUGCCUUACUGUCUGUGGAAGCCAUCAUGUGCAAAAGGGUUUUGUCCUAGCUCCCUGGUAUGAUCAGUGCUAUGAGAUGGACAAACAAAUGAAUGUUUUAUAUUGAAAAUGAAAAUGAUAUACUUCUUGUUUUGUGUUUUUCAUAAAAUGAAGCUUUUCUUUUUUUUUUUUUCUUAUGGAAAUAAGAGUUUCAGGUGUCUCCAUUUAGGGCAAAUUCAUGCACAUUAUCAUAUCACAACACGAUUCUGGAAAUGACUUCUGUGGAUUUGAAAUGGCACUUUUAAUUUUAUACAUGAUACAGAGCUUUUAAAUGCAAACACUACCAUUAAUUUAAUGUCUAAAACAUUUGUUGUCAAACCAAGGGAAAAACCACAGUUCAUUUAUGUGGAGUUUACUUUUUUUAUAUGAAUGUUUAUUGUAUUGUGUCUGAGCAUAACUUCCCUAAUGUUAUUACUUUUACAUACAAGGUUUGACUGACCACUAACAUAGUACUGGGCAUAACUUAAUAUCCUACGUUAUAGAACAAGACUCUAAAACUGUCUUGAAUUGCUUUUUUGUAAAGGUCUGAACACUGUUAAGGAGAAAGCUGAGUAUUUACUUGCCUUUCUGACAAACAUAAAACAUGUUUCUUGUGCCAGUUUUAUUGUUGAAAAUAUACUUUUUCACCCUUUUUAAAUUCAGGGUUUUUUUUUUUAAUGUAUUGUGGUUUCCAAUUACCAAAUUGUCCAGGUAAUGACAGUAAACUGACUGUGGAGUGAUAGUUGUGGGGUAGUGACCACUAGAUGCCCAACAGCUGUGACCACACUAGUGGUGGGGUCACUUAAUUCCUCUGUAGUGGCUGGGAGUGGGGCACAAAAUGAGUGACCUCAGGAACAAGAAAGGAUUCCUGGGAAGGCACAUGCCUAAGAGGGAUAUGGAGUGAUUUUAAAUUUUAAAGCAUCAUUUUACUUUUCGUUUAUUUUAUUUUUUUAUGAUUUAAACUGAUAAGCACUUUUGUGUCACUGUAAAAUGUACUAAAACCGAUGAAAUGCUAAGGCACCUGUGUUCUGUGAAGGAGGGUUUCUUGGAGACCACUUUUAAUUUCUCAUGACAAAUGGAUGCUCCUAGUAUCAGAAGAAACUGUUGCAUAGUGUCAUGUGCUUAGUGGUUGCCAAAGUCUACCAACUUUGGGGAGCUGCAGGGUUCUUUUUGGGAGGUGGGGGGAUGGGAGGGUCUUUUUGUUAUUUUGGGGCUUUCAAGCAUUGGAACCAAAGGCCAAACAAUAAACAGCCUUUACUUUUUAAAGUAAAAUUCAUGUUAUUUGCAGAAUACACUUGUAUGGUAGACUGUUAAAUAGAAUUUUAUGACUAUUUAUAUACAUUAUAGUGGUUACAUCUGCUGUUUGUCUAUAAAAUGGAAAAAUCAAAGAAAUAAGCCCAGUUUUGAAGAUGUGGCCUUAUCGAGGCCAUGAGUUAUUCUUUCCUAAAAAUGCAACGGGUAUGCUGCUAGAAUUAUUUAAUUUUGUUUGCACUUUUUUUUUUUUCCGAUUGGCAUUUUAAAAUCAGUAUUUAAAUUGAAGACUUCGCGUUUCAUUAGUUUUAACAAAGUUGAAAGUGACUGCUCUGUACAUCAUGACCUUAACAAUGUUGAUACUGUAAGUGAAAGUUCACUGUUGUCUCUAUACUAAGUUUAUUGGUGUUUUUCACUUAAAAUUAGGACUGCAGAUUAUUCCCCAAGCAGCCUUGGUCCAGGGGGGUGGCUCUAUCCAGAUGCAGUAUGCAGUCAUGUGGAACCUUGCUUUCUAGUGCUGGGAAAGAAGAUGUCUCUAAUUACUGGCUUCAAUAAACAUGAAUCCAGACUGCUUACAA